AUGGCAGUGUCAGGUCGGAAGGUUUCUGGUAUUCAUGGAUCAGUAUCUAAAGGUUCAGAAGAGGAUUUUGACCACUGUUGUGAACCAUGCUUGGCUAUUGGCCAGCAUAUACAAAGCCGUGGAUUUUGUGUGGACUGUCAGGAAUAUUUGUGCAAGAACUGUUUUGCUUAUCAUAAACGAACAAAGGCCUCCAAACAUCAUCAACUUCUUGACAAAAGUAGCAUGGGGAAACAUAUUGUUGGUAACAAGAGUUUGGCAAUGUGCACUGAAAAGUGUGUUAUUCACCAAAAAGAGAUCAUCAAGUUUUUCUGCACUGACCAUGAAUUUCUCGGAUGUACUGACUGUAUAACCCUGAAUCACAGGACAUGUAAAAUUGAUUAUAUACCUGAUAAAUGUGCAGGUAUUGGGGACAGUAAUGAGUACAGGAACACACUGAGAGAACUGGAUCAGAAGAUGAAAGAUAUUGAUGCUGUGGUCAAAAUGGCAACACUACAAGACAAAGAGAUAGAGUCCUCUUAUGAUCUUGUCAUCAAAGAAAUUAUUAACUUCCGCAAAGAAAUAGAUGAUCGCUUAGAUCAACUGCAAAAGCAAGUUCAGACAGAGGCUGACAAAAAGAAGAUUAAGGACAAACAUACGGUCAAGAAUGUGCUUGAUACAUGUACUACUGUUUCUUCAGCUAUCAAGAAAUUCCAAUCCGACCUACAAGACAACAAAACUUCACAGCAGGAUGGACAACUUUACAUCAUCAUUAGACGAGCAAACUCCAAACUAGAAUUGGAUGACUUGAAGAAUGCUCAAGAAUCUUUAGACCAGACAAGAGUUCAUCACACAUUUGAAAGAAACAAAGAGUUAGAGAACAUCCUUACUAAGCAAGAUAUAUUUGGGAAGUUGAAUUUAUCCACUACCCUGGUGAAGAAAGAGGAAUUGAGCAUAUCCACUAACCCGAUGACUCCGAUAAAGGGGAAAGUAUUUGAUAAGUUAAAUCACAUAGGAGAUAUAAUUGUAAAGACAAAGUCAGAUGUGAAUAAAUGCUAUAUCACGGGAUGUGCUGUAUUGUCCUCUCACAAAGUUAUGCUGGCUGAUUACAACAACAAUAAACUGAAAGUUGUGAACACAGAAAGUAAGGCAGUGACUGAAGAGAAGACACUUGACUUAGGCCCAUGGGACAUUGCUGUACUGCCUCAGGACCAGAUAGCAGUAACAAUGCCAGAGAAGAGAAAGAUAUUGAUAAUGACACCAGCUAGUAAAUUUUCAACCAUUCGCAAGAUUCCAGUUAAAGGGGAAUGCAAAGGUAUAACUUACCAUCAGGGUCAACUCUAUGUGGUUUGCUGGGAUCCUCAUAGUGUGCAUAUAGUAGAUAUUCAAGGUAAUGUCAAUAACACGGUUUCACUAGACAAUCAGAUAUUUACCAGCCCAUACUACAUAUUGCCAGGUGAAGAUGCCAGUCAUAUCUACAUCAGUAACUAUUACAGCGACUGUGUAGUCAGUAUAACAUUACAGGGUGAUAUUUCAGCUGUAUACGAGCACCAGGAUCUUUAUGGACCACAAGGAAUGCUGAUGUUAGAUGAUGGAUCAUUGCUGGUAAGCUGCUACUAUAACAACACCUUACAUCAUAUCCCAGGAGACUGGAAGCAAGGUCAAACAAUAUUAGAUAGAUUGCAGUGCCCAUGGUCUAUAUGCUACAAUCAGCAUCAACAAGAAGUCUAUAUUUGUGGAUCAUGUAAUCAGCUGAUGAUGAUGAAAUAA